CAACUGGCUGCGCCUGCAUUGUACCAGAACGACGCCGUCUCAUGGGGGAGGACCCAAAUUAAUUAAUUUGUUUUAUAAAAAAAUUAGCGUCUCUUCUUCUUCUUCUUCAAAAUCUGACCACACAGAGAGUGAGGUGAAAGGAGCUUAAACACCACAUGGGUUUGCAGUGUUUUUUUGGCGGGACGACCAUACAAACCCUAAGGAUGGCUGUAAUUCCUGCUUCAUCUUCUUCACGUUUCAUCUUUGGGAAGCCAUUGUCCAAAACCCUAACCCUAAAUUCCCUUUCCCGCCGUUGUAGUAGUAUUAACUAUCUAAAAAAACCUCCUUUUACACUGCUAAUCAAAGCAUUCUCUUCAACAGCUGAACAGACAGCGCCUUCCACAGAGAGCGUUGAAAAUAGAAGUGUGGUGAAGCCACAAUGGAAGGCGGCAAUUGAUUUCAAGUGGAUAAGGGAUAAUAAGGAUGCGGUUGCUUUGAACAUAAAGAACAGGAACUCCAAUGCUAAUUUGGAACUUGUGCUUGAGCUGUAUGAGAAAAUGUUAGCUGUCCAAAAGGAAGUUGAACGGCUUCGUGGGGAAAGGAAUGUUGUAGCAAACAAGAUGAAAGGAAAGCUAGAGCCAUUGGAGCGCCAAAAACUCGUAAAGGAAGGAAAGAAUCUGAAGGAUGGACUCAUUACUUUGGAAGAAGACCUGCUAAAACUUUCCGAUGAGCUUCAGCAGGAAGCACAAUGUAUACCCAACAUGACCCAUCCUGAUGUUCCAAUUGGAGAGGAAGAUUGUUCAACAAUGAGAAAGAUGGUGGGUAGCCCACAUGAAUUUAGCUUCCCUGUCAAAGACCACCUUCAGCUUGGGAAAGAACUAGAUCUCUUUGAGUUUGAUGCAGCUGCAGAGGUUAGUGGAUCAAAAUUCUAUUAUCUGAAGAAUGAAGCAGUUAUGCUAGAGAUGGCCCUCGUUAACUGGACUCUCUCUGAAGUCAUGAAAAGGGGCUUUACACCUCUAACAACCCCUGAACUUGUAAGAUCCUCUGUUGUUGAAAAAUGUGGCUUCCAGCCUCGUGGAGAAAAUACCCAGGUUUACACUGUUGAGGGUAGUGACCAAUGUCUGAUUGGCACUGCAGAGAUUCCUGUAGGAGGAAUUCAUAUGGAUUCUAUCCUUGCUGAGUCAAUGUUGCCUUUGAAGUACGUGGCAUUUUCCCAUUGCUUCCGUACAGAGGCAGGUGCUGCAGGCACAGCAACAAGGGGUCUUUAUAGAGUUCACCAGUUCAGCAAGGUGGAGAUGUUCAUUCUAUGCCAACCAGAAGAGAGUGAAUCUUAUCAUGAAGAACUUAUAAAAAUUGAAGAAGACCUCUUCUCUUCAUUGGGGUUACAUUAUAAAACUAUAGAUAUGGCUUCAGGAGAUUUAGGUGCACCUGCUUACCGAAAAUUUGAUGUGGAGGCUUGGAUGCCUGGUUUAGGACGGUAUGGUGAGAUAUCAAGUGCAUCCAAUUGUACAGACUAUCAAAGUCGCCGACUAGGAAUUCGAUAUCGUCCAUCAGAAUCAUCAACAAAUCCUAAAAAGGGUAAAGGCAAACUUGCUCCAACAAAGUUUGUUCACACAUUAAAUGCAACAGCUUGUGCUAUUCCACGGAUGAUAAUAUGUUUGUUGGAGAACUACCAACAAAAAGAUGGUUCUGUCGUUAUCCCUGUGCCACUGAGGCCGUUCAUUGGAGGGCUGGAACGUAUAGCUCCUAAAUUCCCACAGGAUGAGUAGAUUAUUUUGUUUGAUUUUCAGUUGGGAACUAUAUUUGGAGCUAAAAUUAUUGACAAAUUUUUACAUUUUAAUGCAUUUGGCUACAAAGAGAACUGAAAAAUGUCAAAAUUUGUCAUUACAAAAGAAUAAGCAUUUUUGUCCUGCAGGAAAA